CCUGCUUCCAGGCGCACUGGACUGCGUGGCUGUAGGGGCUGCCCUUUAAGUGUCAUCUAGGACAGGACUCUAGCUUGUCGCUGUGUCAUGGGCUUUAACGCUUCUCAGUACGAAUUACAAGCGGGGACCCGCCCGGGCUCACCGGGGCGUUCCUAGUGACGUUAUCGCGGAGGUCCACUGCCCUCUGCUGGGCGUGGGGACGCAGUGCCGAGCGCCGCUGACGGACUUUGCCAGGUGCUAGGGAUAUAGAGAUAAAUGGCCUGGGCAAGAAUAACAGAGGACCCCUUUUGUGAAACUUUGCACUCUAUUGGAGGAAAUAAGCUUCGGGGGAAGAUGUAAUCGUGAAGUCUCCUGGGAGAGGGAGGAGCAUAGCAGGAAAACAGCUGAUCCUUUCUUGAUCUCCCCUUGCCGGAUCUGAAAGAGAAGUAGUUAAUUGUUGCAUUUCAGGAAGAGAAACCAGCUUGCAAGAAUGGAGUUGAAACAGGAAAUGGCAAGAAGUCUUUUGAAGACAUCAUCUUUGUCUGUGAGGACAAAUUUACUACAUCAAACGGGAUUGUCACUUUAUAAUACAUCCCAUGGCUUCCAUGAAGAAGAAGUAAAAAAAAAACUUGAGCAGUUUCCUGGUGGAUCCGUUGACCUUCAGAAGGAAGAUAGUGGUAUUGGCAUUCUUACCCUGAACAAUCCAAGUAAAAUGAAUGCCUUCUCAGGAGUUAUGAUUCUACAACUUCUGGAAAAAGUGAUUGAACUGGAAAGUUGGACAGAGGGGAAAGGUCUCAUUGUCCGUGGGGCAAAAAAUACUUUCUCCUCAGGAUCUGAUUUGAAUGCUGUGAAAGCACUAGGGACUCCAGAGGAUGGAAUGACCUUAUGUAUGUUCAUGCAGAACACCUUAACAAGAUUUAUGAGACUCCCUUUAAUAAGUGUUGCGCUGGUUCAAGGUCGGGCAUUGGGUGGAGGAGCAGAAUUUACUACAGCAUGUGAUUUCAGAUUAAUGACGCCAGAGAGUGAGAUAAGAUUUGUCCACAAAGAGAUGGGUAUAAUACCAAGCUGGGGCGGUGCUACCCGACUAGUUGAAAUAAUCGGCAGUAGACAAGCUCUCAAAGUAUUAAGUGGGGCCCUCAAACUGGACUCAAAAAAAGCUUUAAACAUAGGAAUGGUUGACGAGGUCUUGCAGUCUUCAGAUGAAACUGAAUGUCUAGAAGAGGCACAAGAGUGGCUAAAGCAGUUUAUCAAAGGGCCACCAGAAGUAAUUAGAGCUUUGAAAAAAUCUGUUUCUUCAGGUAAAGAGCUUUGUUUUGAGGACGCAUUACAGAAUGAAAGAGACCUUUUAGGAACAGUUUGGGGGGGACCUGCAAAUAAAGAGGCUAUUGCUAGGAGACGAAAAUUUGAUAAAUAAUUUUUUAAAAUAUGACGUACUACAAGAAAAACUCCAAUAAAUUAAUAAUUAUAAAGUUAAAUAUUAACUAGGAAUACCAGAAUUACUUUGAAGGCUACACUUAGUAUUUGAUUUAAUAAUUUUUUAAUAUCUGAACUCAUUGACCUAGUUUUCAGUAUAUUUGGGUAAUUAUCAAGUAAUGUAGAACAUUUGGUUAAAAUAUACAACACUUUUGGCUUAAAAAUUAUCAAUUCCAUAGUUCUUAGCCUGUAACAAAAGACCAGUUUUUGAGAGGAAAAACCUCUCUACAGAACCUAUUCCUGGGUUAUUUUUCAUGGUGUCUGUUCAGUCUUAUCUGGAAAUAAUUUACAAAAAUAACAGUGAAAUUUGCACUAAAGAACAAAAGUGGAAGAGGGGUCAGGGAACAAGAUAAGAAAAGGUAU